GCUAGUUAGUGUUUGAACAUUAAUUUAGUAGUUAAUUUAAAAGUUAAAACGGGAUAAUACGUUAGUAGUGAAUUAGAAAUACUAAGGACUUUUCUAUUCAGGAGCUAUGAGCUUAAGCCCAGAUGUACCUCAGGUACGGCUCUUGAAUAUUCAAGUCUAUAUUCACGGAUCCUGGCCGGAUAGCCCUGGCAGCUAAGGCCAUUCAAAUGAAGAGAAGAAGAAGAAGAUCUUUGUUUUGACAUUUAUGAAAAGAAGCAAGAAGCUAACCUUAUUACUUUUUUACAUUAUCGAUAUCAAUAAUAUUCAUAAAUAUUCCAGAAAAUAAAGCAUCUAUCCUAUAAAUUAAGAAUGGUAUAUGAAGAAAUUAAAUACAAUUUACGUUUAGUGUCAGAUGAUAAGUUAGUGAGAACAGUUACAAUUGGAAUUACAUUAUCAGUUCUAUUAUUUGGAAUCUUUUUUCGGCCGCUCGGAGCAUUGGUUAUCUACGUAUCGUAUCUUUUUGGUUUCACUGUAGCUUGGUUCCUGGUGAAAUACAAAACCAAAACAACAAUAUAUUUGCAAAGAUUGAUAAACUUUUAUAGAGGCCACAUUAGUGUUAAGAAGACAUUGAAACCGUCUUGUAGCAUUUGUGAUGAUUUAUCUUGCAGAAGACAUCAACAAACUAGAAGUAUCACCCCUUGGAAGCACAUAUACAUAACAGCUGAGUUGAACAAUCGGAUAGAGCAUUUUUAUGAAAGAAUAAUCAGCACAUUUAUCUCCAGCUGGUAUGACCAUUUCACUGACGAUAAAGACUUUGUUAAUGAAUUAAGAUACUGCUUUAGAUUUUCUACUGCAACAGUAGUAAACAGGUUAUUGGAGUUGGACAUUGGUGAUAUUGUAGCAAAUAAACUUGUUCCGUGUGGAGUAAGACAUAUUGAUGACUAUCUCUACAUUCAACAAAUAGCCAAGCUGAAAAAUGUUAGAUUCAAUGAAGUAGUUAUUGAAUAUCUGGGGAAAAGAUUACAUGCAGCUGCUACAAAUAGAAAGAAUGAGCUGGGGUACUUGAGACAUUUAGUGUCGUCACUAUUAAAUCACGUUUUACCGGGAAACUACUUAAAAUGCAGAAAUUUCUCAGUGAUGAUGAGGGAGGUACUAGCCGGAUGGGUGUUACUACCAAUGAUGGACGUAAUAGCAGAUCCAAACAUUUUAAAUUACCUUGUUAUCCUAGCAGCAACAUACAAGUCAAAAAAGACAACGAAAAGCAAUCAAAACACUGAAGAAGUCGAAUUUUUAUGCAACUAUAUCUCAACCGAAUCCAAAGUUUCAUCGUUUUCUACAAGCUUGAAUAAAAUAAAAAAGAAUACUGAGCUACUGUAUGCAUUUAUGCAGUUUUUGAAGAAUAACGAUAAUGUCAAUCUUUUACAGUUUUGUUUGGCUGUUGAUGACUUCAAUGUAAAGUUGCUGACACCAGAAUUGAGCAAAAAGCAAGUCGAAGAGCUUCACGUCGAGGCUAAAAAACUCUACAAAGAAUAUUUAGAUAAGAACAGUUUCAGUUUUAUCAGUUGUCCGUCAGAAAUAUCUGAAGAUUUUAAAUUUUUGAUGCAAGACGAUUAUGCCGUCGAAAAACUGUCUAAGCUAUCGAAGCUGCUUUAUACUGCAUACGAUUUCGUCUUUAAUGUUCUGGAGAGUGUAUGGUUGCCACAGUUUUUCCAUAGCAAUGAGUUUUAUGGGUAUAUAUGCGGCCCCAAAGCAAUGACUGGUUUUAACAAACAAGGACAAAACAAAACACCGUUGUUGUCAUUUGGUUCUCCAAGUAAAGAUAGACUGAAGAAAUACUAUGAGCCUACAACAGGUCAGGGUGCGGUGUCUAAAAUUAGUAGCAGUUUGGGCAAAAUCAAAGGAGUUUUAAAAACUAACCAGCCAAUAGAAGGCGCGUUCUUUCCUCUCGAAUCUCAGUCUGUAGAAAACGGUACUACCGACGAGAUAUUUCUGCAUGAAUGUAAAAGUUUAUUCAGGGAUAUGAGUACUUGGAAAAUCAGUAUUCCUACUUUUCAAACUAGCCCUACAAACAAAGUGAUAUAUUUCUACGUCAGCGUUGAAAGAAUGGAUGUUCAUGUUGGCGAUACUAAAAAGAACUGGAUAGUUUUAAGGAAAGAUCAAGACUUUUACACUUUAAAGGCCAAAUUAGUAGAAUUUCACGGAGAAAGUGAAAUUUGUGAUUCUCCUUUACCUUCUAGGAAAGCUGGAUCUUCCAUAGAAACUAGAUUAGUAAAGUACGAAGAAUUUAUACGAAAACUGUUAAAGAAGUCUAAUCUGAAGGGAAGCGAUUUGCUGUACUAUUUUUUGACCACAGAACAAGAUUUCGCUACAUAUUUGGCAGCCAAUGCGUCCAACAUUCAAGACAUCGGCAAUAUUUAUCAGUCAGUGGCGUAUAAGCUAAGGAAAGAAAAGGGCCAACAUCUGGAUCCCUUCAUGAAUUCGUUUUUGAUGUCUACUGGAGUUACAAAGACUGACAAAUUUGAAUGGGCAGAGAUCGGAGAAGAAACGGAUUCGUUGAUUUCAAAACACAUGGGGUCUUUUCCGAAAACUUAUAGAAAUCAGGUUUUUAAUGAUAAUUUUGGAGUACCAUAUAACAUUUUGAAAGAUACGAUGAGCAACUCAUUAAGUCCUGAUGGAAUUACAGAAAGUGCUUUCUACCUUAUGAAGAACAUUUUUAAAAUUCCCAAUGGACUCUUAAGACUGUAUGCAUCGAUAUGCAGCAUAGCCCAACAGUUUGUUGAUUUGUGUGCUCGUACGAUCAUUGAAAAGAAAAUUAAAUCCAGCUUGAAUCAGUCUAACUUGGCAUAUCUUAUUAAACAAUUAGAAGAUGUAAUCUUCGACGAACACACUCCGGUUAGUAAAGAGGAAUUAUCUAGAAGGAAGGUGAGGGCAGUGGAAGAACUAGAAAACUCUAUCUCAAAUAUAUUGACUCAAAUAUUAGGACCUGGAAUUAAAGAUGGCGCUAAACUGUUAUUGGAAAUUGUUCAAAAUCCUCAUUUUAAUAAACAGCUAGCCUAUAACUUAUUGGAUAUCGUACUGACAGAAAUGUAUCCCAUGCUGGAUAAAAACGAAGAACACUAUUGAAAUUUAAUAAUUUUGACAGCUAUAGCAUUUUAUGGAGGCAUUUUAUUGUACAAAAUAUAGUAUUAGAAAUAUUUAUACGAAUGAUCUGAGGAAAAAAAUUCUAUAUUAGAAUAGAAUGAAGAAUUAAAGGAAAAGAACAUACUGCGUUAUAGAAAAGCUGGAUGGUAAAAGUAUAAGCAUAAUGAGGAAAAGAUCCAUCCUGAUGUACCAAAACAUCAACGUUCUGGUCAUUGCCUAAAAGUUAAACAAAAUGAACAUGAGAUCUGACAACACAAAUACCAUAUUAUGGAAGUAUGCCAAAUAAUACACAACUUAUAUAGGGUCUCCCAAAAGUAGCGAAACGGUCGAACUGAACAUCGAAUCGAAAAACUGGAAAUUACGUGUUCAAUACUUUUCAAAAAACUAUCGAAUGACACGAAACACGACUUCCACCCCCUGGAGGUGGGGUUCUGGUAACUUUAAAAUCUUAAAUGGAAACCCACAGGUUUUAUUGCAGAUUUGGAUUCCUUGCGUAAAAGUAAGCAACUUUUAUUCGAGGCAUUUUUUCGAAUUGUGAAUAGAUAGCGCUAUAAUCGGAAAAACGAUAUAUCGUGAUACCAUAGGUAAAUUACAGAAACGGUCUAAUAUCUCGAAAAAUUCGCUUCCAAAUGAAAAACCAAAAAACACGUGUUUAAUAUUUUUCAAAAGCCUAUUGAAUGACACCAAACAUGACUCCUCACUCCACACCCUAGUGGAAGGAAGGGGGGGGGGGGGGGGACUCAAAAAUCUUAAAUAGGAACCCCCGUUUUAUAUUGCAGUUUUUGAUUUGUCGUGAAAGAAUAAGUAAUAUUUAUUCGAAACAUUUUUUAGAAAUUUUGAUAGAUGGCGCUAAUAAAUCGUAUUCUUGCGCCAUCGAUCAACAAUUUUAAAAAAUGUUACUUAUUUUUUCAUGAGGUAUCCAUGUUUGCAAUAUAAAACGGUGGUUCCAAUUUAAGAUUUUAAAGUUUUAAAGUGGAAAGAAAUUUUUGAGGUAUUCGAUAGGUUUUUGAAAAAUAUCAAACACGUAUUUUUUGGUUUUUCAUUUGGAAGUGUAUUUCCCGAGAUAUUAGACCGUUUCUAUAAUUUACCUAUGGUAUCACGAUAAAUCGUUAUUUCCAAUUAUAGCGCCAUCUAUCCACAAUUCGAAAAAAUGUCUCGAAUAAAAUUUGCUUACUAUUACGUAAGGAAUCCAAUUCUGCAAUAAAAAUUGGGGUUUCAAUUUAAGAUUUUAAAGUUACCCCCCACCCCACCUCCAUAGGGUGGAGUGGGGGUCGUAUUUGGUGUCAUUCGAUAGAUUUUUGAAAAAUAUUGAGCACGUAUUUUUCUGUUUUCCGAUCCGAUGUUCAUUUCGCAAAAUAUUCGACCGUUCCGCUACUUUUGGGACACCCUGUAUAAGAAUCACGUCUAUCAUGUUAGUUGUUCGUCACAUACGUCAAAAGUGCCAUACAUUUGUCACAUUAGGUAUGUGUUAUUUUUUGGAAUUACUGGAGAUUAUCUUACUGCAUUAAGACAUUCAUUGAAUUUUUAUGUUUAUAAAUCGUCCAUUACACUGAUCUCUGUAUUUCCCAUUCUGUAACUUUUUCAUAUUUUGAAUUUUUAUAUCGUCUAUAAUUAAGUUACAAUACAAGGAGACUUAAUUAAAGCUAAUUAUUAUACAUUUUUAAUAUCUGGUUAGUAUUACCUGUUAUAAAAUAGUUUAGUUAAAUUAAUAAAUUUAGAGCGAAUGCAAAAUGUGAUAUUACUUUCAAAAAUCAUAAGUAUUUUAUAUAUUUAUAUUGUUAUAGUUUUAUUUUGCUUCAUUUAAUAAAUGUUUUGAUGUUUA